GCAGAUGGCUUCUUCUGCCAGGCUGUGAGGUACUCGCGGGCCGUAAAGUCCCCCAUCAUCAGGGGUGUCCCCAGUUCCCUCCCCCCCCCCCCCUUUCGUGACGGUUCGGGUUAAAGUCCGCGCUCCAACUGAUCUUACUAUGGAGGUUUUCAUCCCCUCGUUUCGUUACGAGGAGAGCGAGUUGGAGAGGGGUUAUACGGUUUUUAAAAUAGAGGUACUAAUGAAUGGAAGAAAACACUUCGUUGAAAAAAGAUAUAGUGAAUUUCACGCUCUCCAUAAAAAGCUUAAAAAAUUCAUAAGGACUCCAGAAAUCCCUUCUAAGCAUGUAAGGAACUGGGUGCCCAAAGUGUUGGAACAGCGUCGUCAAGGCCUGGAAGGUUAUUUACAGAGUAUUAUUUUAGAAAAUGAAGAGCUUCCUAAAAUUUUUCUUGAUUUCCUCAACGUUCGUCAUUUUCCUUCUCUCCCAAAAGCAGAAAGUUGUGGUUCAUUUGAAGAGUUAGAAUCUGAAGAAUCAAGCAAACUGUCCCACCAGCCAGUGCUGCUAUUCCUAAGGGAUCCAUAUGUCUUGCCUACAGCCAACGAUGACUUUCCAAAUGUAGUUAUUGAAGGCGUACUCCAUGGAUUAUUUUAUCCUCACCUACAGCCCAGGUAGAAAAAUGGGUAUGGACAUUAACUAUUUUCAGCAAGAUGACAAGUGUAUUUUAGUUAUCUUAAAAUCAUGGAUGUGACAACUAUAAGGUAAAGCUUAAUUACAGAGCAUUGUUUCUUUUUAAAAAAAAAUAAUUAAUAUUGCUGCUAUUAAAAAUUAUGAAUUGAGAAAACACUAGUGUUCUUGAUAUAUUUACCUAAUCCUAAAUACUGAAACCUUCAAAGGUUCAUACACAGAAUUGCAUAAGAAUUGCAUCAUAGGUUUGACAGUUUGUAAUUAACAAUCACACUAAGCCUUUUGUCUCAUAAUGUCAGUAUGGUAUCCACUGCUGGCAGUAGAUAUAGAAGACAUUCUAGUAUGUACUAGGCUGAAAAAUGAAAGUAUU